AUGGGAUUCACUAAUUAUCAUCCUGGGUGUUUGCUAUGCGGAAAUAGUUUAGAUUCUAUGAAGCAUAUGUUAUUUCAAUGUGGUUGGGUUCGGAGGGCCUUCAAGGAAGCGGGAGUCUCCCUUCCAUCCCCUACGUCUGGGAACUGUUCGAUUGAACACUGGUUGAGUAAGAUUGUUGAGGAAUUUUCAAAGGGUCAGUACUCUAGAAUUUUCACUUGCCUUUGGCAUAUUUGGCGUAUGAGAAACCAAAUUCUUCAUAAUAACAGAUCGUUUAAAUCUGAGGAGGUAGGGAGGAUGAUGACAACAUUUCUAGCAGAUUACCAAGAAGCCCAGCCCCCUAAUCUGCAUGGGUCCAGCCGCAUUAGUCAGCCCCCGAUCAAAUGGAGGCCUCCACAAACCUCAGUGAUUAAGAUCAAUUUCGACGCAGCUCUUCGAGACUCCAAGGUGGGAAUUGGUGUAAUUGCCCGUGAUGCGGAAGGGACUCACAUUGCUUCCAAAACAAUUUGUGUUCCGGGGCCUUUGAACCCCCUUUUUGCAGAAAGUAUCGCAGCCAAGGAGGCUUUGGUUUUUGCCAAGUCCCUCAACUAUCAUGAUGUAGUGCUGGAAGGGGAUUCUCUGUUGGUUAUCAAGGCGCUGGAGAGAAAUGAAGUGGACUUAUCUGAGAAUGGAUUGUGUGUUGCUUCUACAAAAAAUCUACUUGAUUCCUCCGUUCAUGUCAGCUUCUCUCAUGUUAAAAGAUCAGCAAAUUAUGUUGCUGACACGCUAGCUAAGUAUGCUUUAUCUAAUUAUGUUUCUCAUGAGUGGUUGGGAGAGAAGCCUGCCUUCCUCCGUCAUGUAAUUGAGACUGAUUGUCUCUUUCUUUCUUCUUAA